AUGGCAGGACGUACAGGAUCAAUCCAUGGCCUCACUGGCAAGGCCCUGAUUAUCUUUGUAUCACUAGGUGUUUUCCUCUUUGGAUACGAUCAGGGUGUCAUGUCUGGAAUUAUUACCGGCCCAUACUUUAUGGAUUAUUUUGGUCACCCUUCAAAGGCCUAUGUUGGUACUAUGGUGGCUAUCCUGGAGAUUGGCGCAUUUAUCACUUCCUUGAUGGUCGGUCGCAUUGGAGAUAUUAUCGGACGACGACGGACUAUUUUCUACGGUUCAUGCGUCUUCUUCAUCGGAGGUGCACUUCAGACACUGGCUACUUCUAUGCCUAUGAUGAUGGCUGGCCGUUUCGUUGCCGGUUUUGGCGUUGGUGCUCUCUCGACUAUCGUGCCCGUUUACCAAUCCGAGAUUUCGCCGCCUCACAAUCGAGGAAAGUUGGCCUGCAUUGAGUUCACAGGAAACAUCGUCGGCUACGCUACAUCUGUCUGGGUCGAUUACGGCUGCGGCUACAUCGAGAAUGACUAUUCCUGGCGCAUCCCUCUCGGAUUGCAAUGUAUUAUGGGCGCCCUCCUCGGCCUGGGCAGUCUUGUAAUUGUUGAAUCCCCUCGAUGGCUUUUGGAUAACGAUCAUGACGAAGAGGGUAUGGUUGUUAUUGCCAACUUGUAUGGUGGCGGUGACAUUCAUGACCCCAAGGCCCGAGACGAGUACCGCGAGAUCAAGAUGAAUGUCCUUCUUCAGCGACAGGAAGGCGAGCGCACAUACAAGGAUAUGUUCCGUCGAUACAAGACUCGCGUUUUCAUCGCCAUGUCCGCUCAGGCGCUCGCUCAACUCAACGGUAUCAACGUUAUUUCUUACUAUGCGCCUUAUGUCUUUGAGUCUGCCGGCUGGGUUGGCCAUGAUGCCGUCCUCAUGACUGGUUUCAACAGUCUCACCUAUCUCAUGUCAACAAUCCCACCAUGGUACCUGGUUGAUCGUUGGGGACGACGCAAGAUUCUUCUUUCUGGUGCUACAGCCAUGGCUAUCUCACUAUCACUCAUCUCUUACUUCUUAUUCCUCGAUAUCAAGUGGACUCCACGAUUGGUCGUUUUGUUUGUCAUGAUCUACAACGCUGCUUUUGGCUACUCAUGGGGACCCAUCCCCUGGCUGUACCCACCUGAGAUUCUCCCCCUCAGCAUUCGAUCCAAGGGUGCCAGUUUGUCGACAGCAACAAACUGGGCCGCCAACUGGUUGGUAGGAGAAAUGACACCAAUUCUCCAGGAAUGGAUCAAGUGGCGCAUGUAUCUUGUUCAUGCCUUCUUCUGUGUGGUCAGUGUGGUCGUUGUUUACUUCAUUUACCCCGAGACUUGUGGUGUCCGCCUGGAAGACAUGGAUUCGCUCUUUGGAGACGCAAGUACUGUUGCUGGCACGCCCUCGUUACACGGCACUGAAACUGGCUCCUUGAUGAGAGGUGGAUCUCCUGUCGGAUCAUCUCGUGGACUUAUCGGGCCCUCAUCUGCAAUUCCCGGCCUUUCUCUAGAUCCUCCUACUAUCGACGAUGACAAUAAGUCCCAGAUGCAGAGUGGCGCUGAUGAACGAGGCGUUGGUGGCUGGCUUUCAAGAGUUGUCGGCCGAAACCGAUCCGAUAGCGGCAGCAGCGCGCAAGGCCGUUAUGCUCCCCUUGGUCAACAGGAAGAAGGGCGGCGUAACGACCGUUGA